UUUUAAAAAAAUUUGAAAAAAAACGCUGCAUAACGCCGGAUUCGCCAUUACACGGGGCGUUUUCCGGCGUUUUUUUUGAAAAAAAUUUGUUUUGGCGUGAUUUUUAAAACGCUCGAGAAUGUGGAACGGACGAAUCAAACGGCUAGUUGCUAACGGCUAGUUUUUUUUUUUUUUUUUUUUUUUAUUUCCCCCUAUAUAUAUAUAUAUAUACCCUCAAACAUUUUCAACUCAAAUAAUCACAAAAACUCUCUAAAAAAUACAAGAAUUUUAUAAAAACUUGAUGGAUUCUCCUAGUUCUUCCUCCAUGCUAAACUAUUGCUAUCACGAGUUUUUUGCGGAUGGCGAUGGUUCAACCGAUGAGGAGGUUGAGCAAGAGGCGGUUACGGGUGCUUGUAAACUAGCGAUGAGAUAUGCCGAGCAUUGUCGUCGCCCACAAGCCAAAAAAGGUAAAAGAGGUUAUAUUGAACGAGACCGACGCGGGGCACACGAUCGUUUGAUGAAGGAUUAUUUUGACGAGGAGCCGACAUAUUCGAACGAAAUGUUUAGACGUCGUUUCCGAAUGAGUAAGCGGUUAUUUCUACGUAUAGUCCACGACUUGGAAGCCAACUACGAUUUUUUUAAACAAAAAGCGGAUGCGAGAGGGGAACUUGGAUUUACCGGUAUCCAAAAGUGUACCUCGGCGUUACGAAUCCUUGCUUAUGGAAACACUACCGACAUCAAUGACGAGUAUCUAAAAAUGGGGGAGAAAACAACGAGAGAUAGCUUGGAGCAUUUUUGUCGCGGUAUAAUUGAUGUGUACGGUGCGCGUUAUCUUAGAACGCCUACAUGGGAGGACCUUCAAAAGAUCUACGAGGUACAUAAUGCCGAGCAUGGUUUGCCUGGUAUGAUCGGGAGCAUAGAUUGCAUGCAUUGGCGUUGGGAUAACUGCCCGACUGCAUGGCGAGGCCAACACACACGUGGUGACCAAAAAGGACCCACUAUUAUUCUUCAGGCGGUUGCUUCACAGGACCUUUGGGUUUGGUCUGCUUACUUUGGCGUGGUCGGGUCAUGCAAUGAUAUCAACGUUUUUGAACAAUCUCCGCUGUUAGAGGAGUGGAUUUCUGGCAAAGCUCCUAAAGCGUCGUUUUACGCAAAUGGAAACUAUUACCCUCAUGGAUAUUACUUGAGCGACGGAAUAUAUCCUAGGUAUUCGAUUUUCGUGAAAACGUAUAGUGAUCCUUUUGAUGAAAAAAGAGCAUAUUUUAAAAAGGUUCAAGAGUCUUCACGAAAAGACAUUGAGAGAUGCUUUGGGGUUCUUAAACAACGCUGGCAUUAUUUGAGAAAUCCUUGUCGUGCAUGGAGCAAGCAAAAAAUGAGAGAUGCUAUGUACGCGUGUAUAAUCAUGCACAACAUGAUUUUGGAAGACGAAGGAAAGGCAAUAUGCCAGAAUUAUGUGCCAGAAGCCGUUCAAGAAGAGCAUCCGCAGGCGUCAAUGGAAGAAAGAGUGAAUAACGCGCGAGAGUUGCGUUACGAACCGUACCAUUCCCAGUUAAUGGUUGAUUUACUACACCACGCAUGGUCGGUUCGGUAUGUUCCACCGGAGGGAGAGGAAGAAACGGAGGACGAGGGUGAAGAAAGCGAAGAUGAAAACUAGUCUUUUUUUUUAUAUUCGGAUUUUAAUUUUUUUAUUUGUAGUAUUUUUUUAUUUAAUCGGAUUUUAUGUUUUUUAUUUCUAGUAUUGUAUUUUUUUUAUUUAAUAAAGUAUUUAAAGUUUAAAAAAAAUAAU